UAGUGGAGCAGCUGUACAGGGGUGAGCCAGCCCUUCUGUUACAUGGUACUGCCCUAUGGCUGGGCUGUGCAGGUGUAUGUAGCUGCCCUUACAUUGCCAUGGGGUGGCAGUGGCUGUAGAGAGAGCAAUAGAGGCUGACAGCUUGUUAGGGGCAAGCAGGAACCUACAAUUCCAGGACAAAGGGGAAUAUGAGAAGCAUUCCAGCACUCAGCCCUUCUGGAUCAGGCACGGAAAGCGGGCGGGCCGGGCAUCUGUGAGCGAGUGUUGCGCUUCCGUCGCGCUGCCGGCUGUGUGGCUGGGCACCGGCUGUAGGGAGAGCCAUGGGGCUGUCUGACUGACGGGCAACUCUAACUGCCGGAUUAUAAUAAGCAUCGCGGCUCUCAGCUCGUCUGGAUCAGGUUUAUAAUGUGGUCUUGUCCAUGGAAGGUUUUGCAGAAGUGCACAUGACUAUGUAACAGCACCGGUCCUACCUCACCUACACACCAGGCACAGUUACAGUCCUGCUGACUGGAGACCACAUUACAGGACUGUAUUGUCAGAAAAGAAAAGGCCAGGCAAGUUUCAGCCUUUUAGAAAGAUCUUUGGCAAGAAGAAAAAGAAAUGUUCCGCCUUGCCCUUUAAGGAGGGCAAGCUAAAGGCCAGUCGCUCUAUUGGGAAUGUCUGUGUUAAUAAUACAGCCUUCUACUCCGAUGAAGAAUCCUGUGAGGAUCUAAGGUUCCUCAGCCGUAGUAUGGGAACAAGGUGUUUCUCCCAUGACAGCAUUUUCAUGCCAGCUGGGCAAGGAGAAGAGGAGAAGAGUAUUCAGGCAAUAUCACAGGAGUACCUUGGGGGAAAUGUAAAGGCUCUCCAGCAACAGUUAUCAGGAAAUAUCCAUUUUGGCCUGCGUCCUGACAGUAUACCACGAAAGAGAAUGCAAGGUUUGGGUGCUAGCACAGGAGAAAUGGACACCUCUCACAUCAGCCCCAUGGAGAUAGGAGGUGAACAGGACAAAGGACCACAACAAAAGGCUGCUACCAUGGUCACAGGAUCAUCCAGUUCUUUCAGCUCCAUGAACAAUAUUGAACUUGAACAUAAAACAGAGGAAAAGGUGACUCCAGUAAAGCCAUCACGGUCAAAAAGGCCCUUCGCAGUGUCUGGCACAAUUGAGUCUAUAAAUCUGGAUGCCGUUCCUCGCUCUGUCGACCGCCUGGAUAAUACUUUUGCUAAGCAUAAGCUUUCUGUCAAGCCAAAAAACCAGAGGGUGUCAAAGAAGCACAGAGGAAUGUCCCAGGAAUAUAUAGAAGAUACAGAGUAUGAAAAUGAAAGUGAUCCCAUGAGAAACUCUCUUAACACCCUGUACAAUUCCACAGAAAUAUCAGGUCAGAAUUUACAUAAGUCAGAUCAGUCACAGUGGAAAAAGACUGAGGUGCAAUCUCCUGAGAAGGUUAAAGCAUUAAUCAAAAGUGAAGAAGGGAAGGAUAUAAAGACGCUGGGUAAGCAGAAUGAGGAAGAGAAAAAGCUAGAGAAAUAUCAGGAACUAAUCAGUCCGAAACACAGACCUGAAAAUAAACCUUUAGAUGAAUUGGAAAAAAAUCUACAGCUGAAAAAGCAACAGCAGGAAGAGGAAGAGGAGAGAAAGAAAGAAUUAAAAAAGCAACUUGAAAUGAAGGAGCAACAGCGUCUCGAAGAAGAAAGAAGACAACAAGCUGAACAAAUUCUCCAAGAACUAGAGGAACACAGAAGGCAAGAACAGCUAAAAUUGCGUGAAAGGGAAGAACAGAAAGCAAUCCAAAAGGCAGAGCAACUGCGUCUUGAAGAAGAAAAAAGGCAACGCGCUGAACAAAUUCUCCAAGAACUAGAGGAAUACAGAAGGCAAGAGGAGCUAAAAUUGCGUGAAAGAGAAGAACAGAAAGCUUUCCAACAGGCAGAGGAGCAGCGUCAGGAAGAAGAGAGGCAACGGCAAGAAGAACAAAAGAAAAUAGAGGAGCAAAAACAGCAAGAACUAAAACUUUUAGAGAAGCAAAAUCAACAAAAGAAAAAAGAUAUCAAUACAAAACUGGAGGUGUGUUUUUUAGCAUCAGAUACAACAGUGAAAGACAAAGAUGUCACUGAAAAAGAAGAGAUGAUUGUGGAAACAAGUCAAGAUGAAGAGAUCCAGCAGAAUAAGCAGCAAAUGCCUUCUGAAGAACAGGAGCAAGGGAGAAUUAGUGAAGAAUUACGAUGGAAGGAACUUGACCAGCGGCAAAGACCAUUCACAUUCAAAGUGACGGCAGGUGAAAAGCAAAUUUUGUUUCAGAGAGUUAACCUAUCUCCUGUUACACCUUCCAAAGAAGCAACUGUCUCUCCUGAUUCACUUGGGCAAAAGGAAAUUAAACCUAAUAUAAACACUCAUGUCCUCCCAUCAUCUCACUGUGUUCCACACACAGCUAUUUUAGUUACAGGUGCUCAGCUUUGUGGCACGGCAGUGAACCUCGACCAAAUUAAGGACACUGCGUGUAAGUCUUUGCUGGGUCUCACAGAUGAGAAAAAACAUUUAGAUAACCAAACGAUAAAAAGUGAGAAAGGAAGGCAAGACACAACCCAAAUGAGCAGUAAAACAAAGUACACCUCACAGUCCUUAGACAGCCAGUCAAUCUUGGAUGAAUGGACUUCCAUCCGAUCAAAAAUCUUAAGUAAAUCUGAAAAUAUCAGUAUGCUUGAGAAAACACAUAGAAAUUCACAUUUACAGAGAGAUGACUUGACUGGGAAAGGCAGUGGCGAGCUCCAUAGCAAUUUAAGGAAAACAUUGUCAGCCAGCGCUAAAUUCUCCAUAACUCCAGCAUGGCAGAAGUUUGCUGAAAGUGUUAAACCCCAGCAGCCUGAAACUAUGUCUACACAAUCAAAUACAGAAGCUAUAGCAGCAGCAGAAGUAAAGCCAGCAUUGUCUAACGAUGCCACUCAGGACAAAUCUCUUGAAGUCAAUAGUUUGCAAGAAACAAUCCCAACUAAACUGAGAAAGCAGGUGACAAGUGAUAAUAGCACAGAAGGCUUUAUAUUUUCAAAAGAUCUUCCAUCCUUUCUUGUUCCCCAUCCUCCUCACUCUCCCCGUAGAGGGCAGGCUGAGUCCCAAACUGGACUUGAACUACAAGGGAGCAAUGGAACACGGAAAAAUGAUAAGACUGUACAAAAUGGGGAGGAGAAAACGUCUCCAUUUGGAGUCAAGUUGAGAAGAACAAAUUACUCAUUAAGAUUUCAUUCUGACCCACUGAAUGACCAAAAGAGAAAAAAACGGUAUAGUGCAGGUGAUAGUUUUGACGGUGUGCCAGCAUCAUUCAGUGCAGCAGAUGAAACAGAACCUUCCAGUACAUCUAGAAAAGAACUGUCAGCAUCACCCACCAAAAUAAAGAAAGAUAACCUGGCGUCAGUCUCCAUGGAUACCUCAAGCAGUCUAACAGAUCUUCAUUCAGUAUCUCCCCCAUUGAUAUCAUCCUCCAGUUCGUACAUUCCUUCACCUAACAGAGGUAGAACUGUGCCUAAAUCACUCUCUGUUGAGAAACCAUACCUAGCUCCUAAACCACCCAAUCCAACUCCAACGCCCUCCGUGCUUUCUAAACUUGAUAGAAGUAAUCUAGUUGAUCUAUCUGUACAGAAGCUGGAAAAAAGUGACCCAAAUAAAGAAAUGUUGGGAGAAUCCAUCAAGGGGAGUGUGGCACUGCUGUCUUCAAGUCCAAUUAAAAACGAGGAGCCAGAAGCAAAAGACAAAAAGUAUUCUUUUCCAUCGAUCCCUAUACCCUGGAGAGAGAAGUCAGAGAGAAGACCAGAACAUAUUAACAAGGAUAGGCCAACUCUUCAGAGCCGUCAUUCCCUUGAUGGUACCAGGCUGAUGGAAAAAUCAGAGACAGCGCAGCCUCUCUGGAUAACAUUAGCCCUACAGAAGCAGAAAGGAUUUCGGGAACAGCACGCUUCCAGGGAAGAGAGAAGACAAGCCAGGGAAGCCAAACUGUCAGACAAGAUCACUAAAGAAAAUGCCAGUGAGCCUGUCAUAACAGGAGAAUACAGAAACAGGUCUGGAUCCCUGCAAAAGCCAGUAGCCCAAGAGGAGAAGAAAUGUGAGACCGUAGUGACUCGCCUGCAGCGCAGAGAGCAACUACAGAAAUCAAACACACUUCCCACGUCUGUCACAGUGGAAAUCACAGAUGCAGUUCAAGUUCCUCCUCUAGCAAAGGAUAUUCCAAAGCGAUUUUCUACACCAGAUGCUUCUCCUGUGUCAUCAGAGCCCGCCUGGCUUGCCUUAGCCAAACGGAAAUCAAAAGCCUGGAGUGACUGUCCGCAGAUUAUUAAGUAAAUAUCUUGUCCCAGCUAAAAAGAAGCUAAUUAGGUGUCCCUAAGCUUUGUCUGUGGUCUACUGUAUGGAUGUUAUGGCAAAUACAGUAAUAAUAAGUGGUCUGUUCCUGGGCUAUAUACAGAAAUAAUCGAGCGCAUUUGUGCCUAAUUGUUAUAAUGGUGAAAUGUGAUACUCUGUAUUGGAACAGUAAAAAUGUCCUCCUGUACUGUCUUCUUAACAAAGUCAUGGUACUCCUUGGGGAGAAAUAGGGCUGUAUUAAUUGACAAUUCUGCUUUCCUGAACAUGGCAGCCUGCAUACGAUAUUAUAUGAAGCAGCGAUGCCCAACCGUCAACCCUCCAGCACAACUUCCAGCGUUCUUCUACUGCCAGGAGAUUCUGGGAGUUGUAGUAUAACAAGUGAUGGAAAGUUGUCGUUGUUGACCAUCCCUGAUCAAGACCAAUACACUUUGUACACUUC